AUGGCCUUAGAGCAGCUUUUCCAAGACCAAAUAGCAGAAACUACCUUUGAUGAACGUGAUAUUCCUAUGGAUAAAUUGAAGACAAUUGAUCUUGAUAAACUUGAAGAAAAUUCACCUGGAGGUUUCGAGUGCAACAUUUGCCUGGAUCUUGUACAUGAUCCUGUUGUUACAUUAUGUGGUCACCUCUAUUGUUGGCCUUGCAUCUACAAAUGGAUACAUUUUAAGACCAUUUCAUCAGAGAACAUCGAUAAUCAACAGCCAAAAUGCCCUGUUUGCAAAGCUGAAGUCUCACAAAAAACAUUGAUUCCACUCUAUGGUCACGGUCAGGCUACAAAAACAUCAGGCAAUGCCCUGAAUCUUGGUAUAGUCAUACCACAAAGACCUCCUAGUCCGAGAUGUAGGAGUCACGGGCUNNUGGAGGUUUCGAGAACUACUGAUUCAAUUCCAUCACAACAACUUCACCAUCGAAAUCAUUCACUACAGUCUCCAACAUAUCAACCUUAUAUGACCGAACCUAUGCUAAGCCCCGGUGGCAUGUCAAUAGGGGAAAUUGUUUAUGCGCGAAUGUUUAGGAACUCAUCAACUACUAAUUUGUAUACAUAUCCAAGUUCAACUCAUCAACUAUCACACGCGGAUCGAUCACUUAGCAGAGUCUGUUUUUUCCUAUGUUGUUGUUUAGUGACAUGUCUUCUAUUGUUCUAACCACUUGACUAUACUGAUAACAACAAGUAAUGUAAAUGCUUAAAGUAAGAACACAGAUGUUAACAUGGAAACCUCUUUGCUCAAGGGAGGAAAAAAUCAUGACCUGUAGUUUUCUCAAAACUCCAAUAACUUCAAACAACUAGUGAUUACAGACUGCGAUACUCACAAGGAUUAAUCUUACACACCUUGUAACACCUCUAUUAAUGGAGAAGCGGAAGACAAAGAAGAUAAGCGGAAAGCUAAGUUAGACAA